AUGUUCCAUGACAUCAAAGCCCAACAAGAGGCUCGAGGCCUGGAUCCAUGGGCGCCGUUCGCAGAUGCAGAGGAAUGGGGACUUGUCAAAUGGUUGGUAUCGCGGGUGGGCCAAAAUGCCAUAGAUGAAUUCAUGAAACUACCAAUAGUAAGUCACUGCCUUAAAACAUCUUUCACAAGCAAGUACAGUCUGAUGAAAGCAAUAGAUCAGCUUCCCCGCGGCACAGAAUGGCAGUUGAAGAGAAUAAGCGUUGAGGGCAACAAACUCACCAAUGAACGGCAGUAUGAGACUGAGGAUCUUGAGUUGUGGAUGCGGGACCCAGUAGAGUGCAUCCGCGAACUCAUGGGAAAUCCGGAGUUCGAUCACAUGGUGUCCUAUGCACCAGAGAGGGUGUUUUCAGACGUGGAGGGCAAGACCAGGCGGUUUGAUGAGAUGUGGACAGGUGACUGGUGGUGGGAGAUGCAGGGAAGAUUGCCCCAAGGGGCCGUUGUCGCUCCAGUUAUCCUAGCGUCCGAUAAGACUUCGCUGUCGCAGUUCCGGGGAGACCAGGAAGUUUGGCCUGUGUACCUGAGCCUCGGAAACAUCUCAAAAAAUGUCCGAUGUCAGCCAUCCAAACACGCCACAGUCCUCAUCGCAUACUUACCGAUUUCGAAGCUAGAAUGCUUCACGCGCGACACGCGGUCCGUUGAACGUUAUCGGCUCUUCCACUAUUGCAUGUCGCUGGUCCUGGAGCCAUUGGUCAGGGUAGGUGCGGAAGGAGUCGAUGUCACCUGCCCAGAUCGUCAAGUACGACGCCUGUAUCCCAUCGUGGCAGCAUAUAUUGCUGAUUUUCCAGAGCAGUGCCUGGUGGCGUGCUGCAUGGAAAACCGGUGCCCGAAGUGUGUAGUGGGCCGAGAGGAGCGAGGGGACAUGAAGAAAUCACCAAUGCGAGAUCGAGACUCCACGGUCGAAAAUCUGCGCUUGCACUGCGAUGGUGAAAUAGGAAAAGAUCAGUUUGAAGGAGAGCUGGGACUACGAGCGAUCUACUCACCAUUCUGGGCGACGCUCCCUCACAACGACAUCUUUUCAUGCAUCACCCCCGACAUUCUACAUCAGCUGCAUAAAGGAGUUUUUAAGGAUCACAUUGUUAGCUGGUGUGCUGAUAUCAUAGGCGAGGAAGAACUUGACGCACGGUUCAAGGAGAUGACGUCGUAUUCAGGACUCCGACACUUCAAAAAAGGCAUAUCCAAGCGCAAACAAUGGACGGGGGCAGAUUAUCGCGAGUUGCAGCGUGUCUUUCUUGGUGUGAUUGCUGGCGCAGUUGACAACAAAGUUCUGACGGCAGUGCGUGGCGUCUUAGAUUUCAUUUACUAUGCACAGUAUCGCACGCACACGGAUGACACACUUGCCCAUAUGCACGCCGCCCUCACCUCAUUCCAUGCCAGUAAGCACAUUUUCGUCGACCUCGGGGUACGCGAACACUUCAACAUUCCGAAGAUUCAUUCGAUGAUCCAUUACAUCGAUGCCAUUCGCUUUCUCGGCACUGCGGACGGUUUCAACACUGAAUUGCCUGAACGGCUACACAUUGAUUUUGCCAAACGGGCUUACCGUGCAUCGAACCGCCGCGACUACGUCAUGCAAAUGACAACCUGGCUACAACGUCAAGAGUCCAUCCACAUUCAAGAUGCCUACAUUCGCUGGUGGGAAUCCCAUCACCCCGUCAAUCAAGAGUGGCAAGACUCGGAUGCCAGUGACUCUGGUUCAGAUUCGGAUGGCGCAGGAGUCGGACCUGGACUAUUGGAUAACCAUGUUGACUUACCCUCUCAGGUCCAACGGUUCACAAUGGCAACGGGUUCUCGUGGCUACUUCGUCCCUAGGACAUGUCCGUUUCCGAAUUCAACAAUCCAGCGCUUACUUACCGACCACGAUGCAUCCCUUUUCAUUCCAGCUCUUGAAGAAUUCCUUCAGAAACAUGUUCGAAGCUGGUCACGCCGAAAACUCACAUCGCAAGAUCGGGUGGAUGUUUACAAGUACCUCAAGAUUCUCUCUCCACCACGACCCCAUAUCAACAACCGCAAGUGCUUGUUCAAAGUUCGUGCGUCGCCAGUGAUUCCUGCGUCAGACGUGAGGAGACCGCCGUCACCUGCACACUUUGACAGUGUGUUGGUGAUUGAAGAUGGGAAUGAGUACACCGGUCGAGGUAUAUCUGGUCUGCGAGUGGCCGAAGUCCGAGUCAUUUUCAAGCUUCCAUCACGUCUCGGUAAUUUUCCACACCCGCUGGCUUAUAUUCACUGGUUUCGACCCCUUCAAACGUUUGAUGAAAAUGUGCACAGCUUCCGCCUCAGCAAGUCUUCACGUCAGCGUGGUCCUAACGCACUGGUGGUACCGGUCCAUCAAGUUCUUCGCCCAUGCCAUCUUAUCCCUCGCGUUGGUCGAGAGUCGGACGUGCGCGAAGACUUUUAUCUUAACAGGUACAUAGAUCUGGAAUUGUUUGACCGCUUGUCUGUAUAG